AUGGUAAAUCAUGAAAUUUUUACUAAUUCCAACAAAAAUUUACCGAAAAUAAGUCCGAAAGUAGCUGGUAUUUCGUUUUUGGAACUACCAACUCUAUAUAAGAAAAAGCCAAAUUUAGGCAUUAGUGAAGGAAUAUUGAGGAGACAUUUUAAAAAAAUGUCACUAAGUGGAUUGGAUUUAUUUAUUUCAGGUAAAUUAAAAAAAAUUGUUUAUUUAAAGGAAGAAAAGAUUAAAUUAGAAGCAGAAUUAGUGUCUAUUAAAAAAGUGGUCGAAUUGACAAAAUGUAACGAAAAGAAUAGAAAAAAAAAGGGUAAGAAAUCUAGAAAAUGCAGAGACACUCAAACCCAAAUAAAAAAGAUUGAAUCUAAAUUAAAGGAAGUAAAUAAAACGAUUACUCAUCAUAAAAAUGAUUUAAUUAAGGCCAAAUACCAAAGGAAAAAAAUGUUAUUAAAAAGUGGUCAACAGGAGGAAGUGGCACAAAAAGAACAAGAAGAAAAGACUGAGGUUGCAGAAUCGUCUAAAUCCACUGAUACUAAUACUGCAGGAAUUGCCACUAGCACUCCCACUACCGAACCCACUACUACCUCCACUCCCACACCAACUACCACCUCCACUCCCACUACCACCUCCACUGCCAAACCCACUGCUACACCAACUGCUACACCAACUGCUACACCCACUGCUACACCCACUGCUACACCAACUGCUACACCCACUGCUACACCAACUGCCAAACCCACUGCUACACCAACUGCUACACCAACUGCUACACCCACUAGAAGUAUUUCCGUUACCAGCACCGCUGAUAUUCCUAGUAACUUUAUAACAAAUUCCGGCUCACUUAAUUCCGAGAUGUUUAAAAGCCUGACUGGAGAUUACUUGUUAUACCUGGACCCCAAAAAGGAAGACAUCAGAAAAUUAGCACAAGGAUUAAGAAGCUCAGUUUCUACAUUCGUAGAGACUAUCUUAGCGGAUGAUAUAAUAAAAGAAGUUAAACAAUUCAAGUGUGAAUUGGAAGUCUUAAAUAAGUUGUUUGUCAUAAAAUUUAGGGUUUCAAAGGCUUUAGAAAGAGCUAAAAAGAGGUAUAGUGAAACUUCUAAUGUGGGCCAAAGUAACUUUUUGAUUAACCAUUUGGGGAAAGCUAAACAACCAGUAAAAGAAACAGAAAAAGUUAUUUUGCUCUUACUAGAGCUAGUGGAUUAUUUAAAUAAGUUACUUGAAAUUUGUGAGAGAAUAUACAACGUUACUCCAAAUGCAAAAGAAGAUUUCUAUCAUUUGUUAAUAAAAACAAAAGAAUGUGAGUUUUCUAAUUACGAAACAGUAUUGGAUUUAAGACAGUUUUUGAUAUCGAAUUAUAAUAAAUUUCCAGUUAAGUCAAGAUAUGGAGCUAGAUUAUUUAUUUACUUAAUAACUCAAUUGGGUGGAUUUAAUCAGUUAAAAGACUGUCUAUCUUUAAAAAAGCUACAAAAUUGGAUGUAUUUAAAAACCAAAUAUACUAAUCAAGUGGAAAAGUACAAAAGAAAGUUGCAAGCAAUGUCAUGCAAUGCAUGCAAUCAUUUAAAUUAUGAAUGCACACGUAAUAUAUGUAUUACAGAAUCAACAAGGUUCAUUUUAACAGAAAAAAUUACAAUUUAUAAUUUACUUAUUAAAUUAUUGUUCAAAUUACUAAAUCAAUGUAACGAAAUUUUAGCUACAAAUCAAUCUGAGUUAGAAUUAAAGGCAGAAGCUCAGGCUUAUAGAAAGGAAUGUAAAUAUGUAUAUAAUAUUAGAAAUUCAUUAAAACUACUUGGGAUAUAUAAAAAUUUGUCUGAAGAUCAGGGAAAACAAGUAACAAAUAAUAUGCAUAAAUAUAUUCAAAAUAUACCUGGUUUUAAGCUAAUUUUUGAUUCUCAUGACUGUAAUGCCGAAUUGGUUACAAUGUUACUAGAGUUUAUCUCAAGAUUAAAUCAAAUUAAAGAAUUAGAGAAUUCUGAUUCAAAUUUAUAUGAAAACCCAAAUUUAAGUGAGGCAAAAAAUAAUAAAAUUCAUUCAUUGAAAUAUUUGAUAAAAUUGUCAUUGGACAUGAUUUCUUUUUGUUUAACUUUUGGUUCAUUUGCACAAGAUAUUAGUGAAGAAGCGACUAAGUUUAACUUUAAUCAGAAAUUAAAGCGAGAAAUUAAUAUCAAUUCUGAUUUACAUGAUCCGAAAGUUUUGGAGGGAUUACAAUUAUUACUUAGUGAAAAACACGUAUAUUCAAGCUUGGAAUGUAAUUUUAAGAAUAUAAUGUUAAUUAUAAAAGAGAUACAAGAAAGUGAAGAUCUAAUACAUUUUUAUCAGGAAAAGUUACAAAAUGAAGUUCAUUUUCAUGGUAGUUCUGGAAAAGAACAUAUAGAUGAGAUAAUAAAUAAAAGAAAUAGUUUAUUGGGUAUUUCAAUGAAUAAUAAUAAUAAUUGUCCAGUUUGUAAUUCAACCAAAGUUAAGAGAAAUAUUUCAGUUGAGAAAUAUUAUUUAAAAUUAUUAAUGGAAUUUUUAGAUUUUUGUAUUCAAAAAAAGAUGCCUGAUUUAAUAAGGAAGGAUAAUAGUAAGAGUUUUGGUUCAUCAAAGGAUUUAGUUGAGUUGACUGAUUUUGGAGUUGAUAAAAAAGAAUACUUGAAAUCCAUAGGUAAAAUGUACAAUGGAAUGGUGAAAAACUUACUAUCAGAUUAUAUAAUACUUUUAUUAAACGUAUUGGGAAAAUUCGAGAUGGAAAUAUUAAAUACUUUAUUGAAUAAAAUGUCAGUAAAUAUAAGUGGGUUAAAUGAAUGCACAGCUGAGAAAAUUCUUGCUUUGGAAAAAUCUUUGGAGAAUACUAUUAAACUUAAACACAGGCUAAAUCAACGCAAUUAUAACAAUAAAUAUGAGGAGAUUGGUCAUAAAAAUGCUAAUAGAGGACAAGUGGAUUAUAAUGGUUUUAUGAACAGUGAUUUAAUGGUUACUAAAAGAUUACAUGGAAGACUAGAAGAUGUAUUGGAAGCCUUAGUAUUGAUAAUCAAAGAUAUUUUGAAAAGAUGUGGGAGUGUAGUAGAAGAUAUUAAAAAAGGAGGAAAUGAUGUAUCUACAAUGCCUUCAUUACAAUAUUUUACACGGAAUGUGUUAUCUGGACUUUUAUUAGAUCAGGAAAAGAUAACAAAAACAUUUUUUGAGUUAACAUCUAAUUUUGAUAUAUUUGGUCACUUAAUUACUUGUUUGGAAAAUAAUUAUUUAAAUCUUUUGUUAAAGUAUAAUACAUUAUUUGAGGAAUUUAAUCGGAGAUUGGAUGAUUACUUGAAUAGAUACUCAUCUGGAAUUGGUAUACAUUAUGAAGAAGAUGGUGAUCGUUUAAAAGGAUAUGUUCAACAAAGUCAUAAACAUUUUGGUUUAAAGCAUGGGUGUACAAAAUGUAAUUAUUAUGAGGAUUUAAUGGUAAUUGCUGGGUAUGCUUUAGCUUUGGAAUACUUUUUAUCAGCAAUAUUUGCUUGUGUACAAAGGGUUGAGGGAAAUAAUGGAUUAGGCCAAAUAAAAAAAUAUCAACCAUUUAAAGAGGGUGGGAAGGAUAAUAUUGUAUAUAAGAGUAUAGAUGAAAUAUUAAGGUUGGAGAAUAUAAAUUCUAUAUUAAGUCAGAAUGUAUUAUCGAGCAAAAGCCACCCAUUAAAUAAAUUUAUUGAUAAUUAUAAAAUCAAACCAGAAAAAUGUACACAAAGUUUUAUAAAAGAGUUAAUUGAAAAGAUAAAAGAAAUUGAAGGGAUAAGAAAUCGAACAAAAAUGAAUAAUCAUGUGGAAUUGAAAAAUACAGGAUUAUUUUUAAAUGUUUAUUCGAGCAUAUUAAAGUUUUGUUAUAGAUUUGGUAUUUUUGAAUUAUUUAAAUCCCAAUUAAAUACUCCCGAGGUAAAAAUGAGUAAAGUUGGUUUGGAAUUUUUCCCUAAUUUAAUGGAGUUUGAAUUUCCAGAUUUUCCUUUGAAAGAUGGAUUACUCUCAGAUAUUGAGCUUUUUGGCUUUGACUUUCUUGGGGAAGAUGGAGAUUAUUCGUCACAAUUUGAUUUGGAAACUGGAAAAUUAAUUUCAAAAUUAAAAGAGGAUGAGAUUUAUUUAUCAGCUUUUGAUGAGAAAUAUGGAUCUAGAGGAAGUUCUUUGGGUUUAGUUAGAACUGGGGAGAGGUCCUCGGAAGAAUCUGGAGAGGAAUCUUUGGAAUCGAAAAUCUGGGGAGGAUCUUGGGUAGAUCCUGAACAAACAGGAUCUUGGAAAGAAUCUUUGAAAGAAUCUUUGAAAGGAGCUUGGAAAGGAGCUUGGAGUGGAAGUUCAAAGAAGAGUUUGAAAGGAACUUUGAAAGCAACUUUGAAAGGAAGUUUGAAAGGAAGUUCUAAAGGAACUUGGAGUAUUCCUGGACUCACUGGUAAAAAAGAUGGGGGUAACAAAAAGAAAUGGGGGGAGGAAGGAAAGCUUGUAUUUCCAAUAAUGACAGUAUUAUCAGAAGCAGGCCCUGAACAAGAUGUAUUAGAGAUGUUAGAUUAUGAAUCAUUGUUAUAUUUGAAUUUGGUUAAACAUACAGAAAUUGCCAGUGAAUUAUCUUCUUUAUUGGUUACAAAAACAUUAAGGACAAUGAUUAGGUUUUUAACUGGAUGUAAUUUAAAUUUAUUAUAUAUGAUAAAUUCUAGGAUUUUAACAAUUAAGAAUAUAAUGAUUGGAAUACUAAUACAUAUUGAUUAUUGUGGUGGACCCACAGGUUGUGAUGCAUUAUUAGAAUUAUUGAAAAGCUUGAUUAAGGAAUUAGAGUCAUAUUUAGUUAAGUGUAUGAAACUUAAUAAGUAUAAAAAACCUUGGUUACAUGUUAAAAAGCUUAGAAGCCAUAAAGAGGAUAUAACCAAUUUAUUAUUGGCAUAUUUCAGAGAUGAUACAAAUAUACCAAAAGAUUGCUUUUCUAUUAACUUGAAUGAUGCUUCCAGGUAUAUAAGUUUGCUAUUUGAUAGAUCUAAAAGACUUGCUUUUAUUAUAGGAAUGACGAAAGCAGUUAUUCAAGCUAAGUCAGAUGGAGCUAGUAAUUCUAUAAAUUCAGGCACCUUGGCAGAAUUAGAAUUGGAGGAGAUGAUUGUUAAUUCAGCAAUUAAUAGGAAUCAACAUUUAUUCUUAGUUUGUAAAGAGUAUAUAGAAUAUAUUAAAAAUGAAUCAGUAGAAUCAGUUGAUGUUCUUAAUACUAUAGAGAAUUUAGAUGCUUUAGUUGCCAUUAGUAGCGACCAAAUUGAGGAAUUUAAUUCUAAGGUUUCCGGAGCCGUAAUUUACGGUGUAUCAGGAACUGGUGGUAUUGGAGCCAGUGGUAUUGGAGCCAGUGGUAUUGGAGCCAGUGGUAUUGGAGCCAGUGGUAUUGGAGCCAGUGGUGUUGGAGCCAGUGGUAUUGGAGCCAGUGGUGUUGGAACCAGUGGUAUUGGAGCUAGUGGUAUUGGAACCAGUGGUGUUGGAGCUGAAGGUAUUGGAGCUGAAGGUAUUGGAGCUGAAGGUAUUGGAGCUGAAGGUGUUGGAGCUGAAGGUGUUGGAGCUGAAGGCAUUGUGACUGGAACUACGUGGUAUUUAACUAAUGAAAAUGAUAUUUGGGCAGAAACAACUACUGGAACUGGUAAUGCUUAUACAAACAAAGACAAAAUUCAAAGGGCAGUUGAAGAAAGUACGGGAUACAAUACAGACCUAGAUAUUUAUACCGAUAGCUCUCAAUCUACAAAAAAAGAAAAAAAAUCGGGACCUAAGCAUAGUACUGAUUCAUAUCAAAGUUCAAAAAAUAUUUAUUCUGUUUUACUCGAAGAUCCAGAAGUCAAAAAUUUCUAUUCAUUAUAUUUAUCCUUAGAUAAGAACCCUCUUCCUUUAAUGCAAUUAAUUGAAAUAGCGGGAUUUGACAAACAAACUCUUAUUGAAAUAUUACUUCGUAAUCUUGAAUAA